AUGGCGGCUGAGGUAGGCCGCGCGGGGGGCGCGCCUGGCGGCGGAACCGGGGAAGCGCCGGCGGAGCGGGAGAGGGCGCUGAUCCACGUGGCGGCGCCGCCCGCGAGUCUCAAGGAGAAAAUCGAGGAGUGGUGGGAGCAGAUUGGGCGCGAGCAGCACCAGGCGCGGCGGGAGGGGAAGUGGGGCGGAGGGGAGAGGGCGGCGGAAGGGGGAAGGGCGGAAGGGGAGGCGGAUAGGGAGAGGGCGCGUAGGGUGACUGCAGACGAGGUGACUGAAAAGAAGCUGGUUGCCGUGAGCCAGGUGCUGGCGCUGCUGCCGAUUUCACUCUUCCCUAAAGUCACAACGGUGCACGAGGUGACGGCCAACACGACUCUGUACGAUGCCAUUAAGCUGCUGUCUCGACACAACCUCACCACUGUACCCGUCAGAAGCAUUGCUGGGGAGGCUGCAGGGCGGGCCCGCAGGGGGAGGGGCGGAGCAACGGACGUCGAAAUGACCGAAUCAGAGCAACAAGGGGAGGAAGGGGAGGGAGGGGAGGGAGGAGGGGAGGGAGUGGGAGCAACAGGGAUCGUGGAAGAGCCAGCAGAGGGAGGAGGGGAGAUGGAAGAGGAGGAAGAGUUGGAGGAGGUGGAGGUGGAGGAGUGGGAGCCUCAGUAUCUUGGCAUGAUGGAUUUGGCAGGCGCUGCUAUCCUCUGGGUCUUUGCCAAUCUCGAAGCAUCUUCCAUUGGAUAUGCAACAGCGUCAACCCUCGCUGCCUCCCUCGUGGGUUCCUUCGUCGCAGCAGCCGGAGCAGCCGCUGUCGGAGCUUCGGCCGGACCUGCCGCAGCCGCCGGAGCUGCAGCAGGCUUGGCAGCAGCACCGGGCGGGCAGGAAGCAACAGAGGGAGGCUCGCCUGGAAAGGAGCUGGGAUCAUACAUGGCAACAGCCAUGGCUUCUCACUCUCCCUCUCGCACCGGCCGAUUCUUUUUCGAAGAGCUUCUAAAGAAUGAGGCAUUUCACACCACGCGAGUUGCGGAUCUAGCCGGAUCGUUCCGCUGGUCGCCCUUUGUGUAUCUCAAGCCGUCCGACACGCUCCUCACGCUCUUCCUCCUCAUGUCCAAGUACGCCAUCCGCUCCGUGCCAGUGCUGCCGCCCGGCCCUGAGUCGGCAAUCUCGACGGUGAUCACGCAGUCUGCUGCGGUGGGCUUCCUGUGCGAGUGUGACGGCAUGCCGUGGUUCAAUUCGAUCGCUGACUGCACGCUGGCUGAAUUGGGGCUGCCCCUCAUGCAGCCUGAAGAGCUUGUCAAGGUAGAGGACGAUGCAGCAGUGACGGAGCCCUUUCGGCUGAUGAUGGAGCAUGACAUAGGAGGGGUGCCCGUGGUGGCUAAGGGAAGCAACCGCCUCAUCGCCAACAUCAGCGCGCGGGACAUUCUGCACCUCGUGGGCUCGCCCGAAAUCUUCAAGCGGCGCCAGGAGCAGUCGUUCACCGUGCGAGACUUCAUAGCAGCGGCCAAUGAACCAAUUUCAUCCGCCACAGAAGUGAUCUGGCCAGUCAUGACGCCUCCCAUCACCUGCUCGCCCACCACCCCUCUGCGCAACGUGCUGCAUGCUCUCAACCGCACCCACAUUCACCGCAUCUACGUCACCUCCUCGCCUUCUCCUCCUGCCGCUGAUACUCCUGCUCCUGCUGCUGCUGGGGCUGGGACUGAGGCUGGGGCUGAGGCUCCUACCGGUGCCUCUGCUGCUGCUGGUGCUGCUGGUGCUGCUGGUGCUGGUGCUGCGAGCACGGGGCAGCAGGAGGUGGUGAUAGGCGUGGUGACUCUGCGGGAUAUCAUUGGCAAGUUCGCUGCUGUGCCGCCUGACGUUGCCCUGGCUGCUGGUGCUGACGUGGGUGGGGAGGAAUUUGGAGGGCAGCAGGAGGUGGUAGGGGUGGUGACUCUGCGGGACAUCAUUGGCAAGUUUGCUACUGUUCCUCCUGACGUUGCCCUGGCUGCUGGUGCUGACGUGUGCAGGGGUGGGGAGGAGUGA